UCGGUCCAGACUGGCAUCAUCAAGAGCAAACAAAUCUUUUCUCUCCUGCGUCUGGCGUGCUGUGCAUGGACCUUCCCGCUUCUCCGUAGCUCAGGACAAUCAAUAUUACUGCAUGGCCUCGCUCCCUCUCCGUCACCGUCCAAACACUCUUCCUGCGUACCUUAUCAUUGAAAUCACUCGAAACACCCUUCGACCUCGCUAAGCCCUGUUUCCUUAUUCUCGAAUUCUCUAAUACAUCCUCCCACCGUUUGAAUUCCGUGAUCCCCAACAUCUCACUACAACACCAACAGCUACUUUAUCAUCUUCUUGCACUUAAUCUUUGUUUUCCUUUGUAUCACUCAUUCUCCAACUUGAACGACGUCAAGCAUUGAUUUGCCCAGUAUGUCGGCCCAAGUUGCUCCUACCAUCCCGCCUCGUCCGACGAGAGCCCAGCAAGCCGCUGGGGUUCGGGGCGUCAACAAACUCCCUGACAUUCCUCCUCGACCGAUCAACAAACGCCUCGAUCGAUCAGUCUCACCCGCGAACUUUCCUCGUUCUCCUCUCAACGAGCCAUGGACCGGUAACCUUACUCGUCAAAAGACCAACGAAUCGGUCGAAGCCCUGCCCCGUCGUCCCAGUAUCCAAAAUCUGCCGUCCAUCGGGCAAGAAGGCAUGGAAUAUGCAGAAGUCAUGAACAUGCAGACGAAUCAAGAACCUCCGUCUUCGUCUCUGGCUGCCGAUGCUGCCGCACAGACUCGAAAUAUUGCACAAGACCUCAAGCUGCAUGCUCCGAAGCCCUCAUUGCCCAAAUCUAGUGCGGCUGCGCAAGUCCAAGCUGUCACCCGGACCGAUUCAUCCCAAGCGGCUCAACAUGGCUUCGGCAAGCCACCGACACCAGCUCAAGACGACGGUGAGAGUCUUUCUCGCAUCGGCACGCGCACCAGUUUUUCGCGCCCGGGCUCGGCCGUGGGUGGUGAGCGUCGCCCGUCGUUUCAGGCCGAAGAGACGGGUCCCGCCGAACUGGGUCUUCGAGUCCCCAUUAAUCCAUUGCUGGGCGACGUACAGGCACCGUCUCCCGCUCCCGGAAUCAGUCCUCACCACACCGGGUCGAAUGGUGAUAGGAGACGAUCAGUUCAUGGGAGGACAAGAAGUGCCUUGGAUUUCCUCCCCCCUGGAAGCUAUGGUCUGCAUGGCCACGGUUUGCCCCCACAGGACAAAUUUGAAAAGGACUGGUAUGCCAAACAUCCCGAAGCAGCUCAGCAUGAAGAGACUUCGGGACACGGCGUAUAUGAGAGCAUCGGCAGUGGUCGAGGUGCUUUUGCCUUGAGCCGAGAUGAUUUGAACAAAAUCGUCCGCGAAACUGCUAGCCGUGGUGCUGGAUUUGGCACCUCGGGUGAAACUUAUGGAGUUCCCGAUGAACAGAUCGGCUAUGCCGCCUCUGAAGUCUACAUCUCACGAUCUCAAGCCAACACCCCGAACAGUCUGGCAAAGACCGUGACCAAUUCCUCGCAACCUGUUGCCGAAUCUCCGUUAAGGAAGGCCAGUUUCCCAGCCGAUGAGUCCAUUCCAGCUGAAGUUCGCCGUGGACGGCUUUCAGUGUCCCGCGGUUCCGAUAGCCAUGAAGCGGUGGACAGCGAAGCUGAACAAGAAGUACAUAUCCAGCCCCGCCGUAAAUACAACAAGGUCACCGGUGGUGAGGAAACACUUAACGAGACGCUUGGAACUAAACCAUAUGCUUCCACAACCGACGACGAGGGAGGCUAUGCCAGUGAGCACGGAUACACCGUUCCUAUCCUAGCAGCGGACGAAGUUGCCAAAGAAGUCGGUGUCGAACAUCUCCAACCCGCUGUUUCCCCCCGAGCGGAGCGUCGUGAGAGCCUCUACGAAGAGGCUUAUCGAAGUGGUGACGCUACUCCAUCGUCUCGUCCCUCUAGCAGACCGACCAGUGUGCAUGGGGCCUUUGCUGUCUCUCACACGCUUUCGAGAUUUGUUUCUCAUCAUGAUGAACGAGACCAUAUGCACACGCCUCUCGAAGACGUGGAAGAGUACGAACCCCUUUUCCCCGACGAAGACGACAAGAAGCCACUGAGUCACGCGGAACGAUUCAAGCAGAGACCGAACUCACUCAAACAGCGGUUUCCCAGCCAAGACAUCUGGGAAGAUACUCCGAGCAGCUUAUAUUAUUCGGCCGAGGUCUCUACCCCCGAUCUCCCGGCCCAGGUUGAGAAACCAGCGUCGAAAGAGUUUGAAACUCCCGAGCAAGAAGGUGCCCGUAAGGAGGAGCCCUCAGAGGAGGAGCGUAAGAAGCUUGUUUCCAAGGAAGAGCGUCUUGCCAAAUCUCGAUUUGCUCCCCAUUUGCGGGAUGACAUGCCUACCAGACCUGGCUUGACCCCAAGAUUUCCAAGCUCUGAUGUUUGGGAGGACACCCCGGAAAGUCAUCAGCUUGUCACGACGAUCAACUCUCCCCAGGACGACAAUGAGCCCGAAAGUCCAUCCGAAGCUCCUGCCAAGCCAUUUGUGCCUCCACGGCCAGUAGGCAAGAGUCGAUUAGGCGAAGGCGCAUCGCAGGCACAAGUCGGACCAAGUGUCCCACCUCGCCCACAGAAGCAGUCAAGUACAUCGCCAACAGAGCUCAAGAAGGUGCCGAGUAUACCUGAUCGACCCAAGCCGCAGAUUCCAGCUCGACCAGCCAAGAAACCAGACACCGCUAGCCCUUCGGAGCAAGAAAGGGUUUCGCCUCCUGUAGUCAAAGCAAAACCUCAGGUACCCGCCAGAUCUGGUGCUGUUAGCAGUAAGAUUGCCAACCUUCGGGGAAACUUUUUGAAUGAUCUGAAUCAGAAAUUGGGCCAAGGACCACCUAAAGAAAAGGAGAAAGAACCAGAGCCUGUGGAAGAAAGCAAGCCUUUGGAAGACGCUCGGAAGGGUAGAGCUCGCGGCCCUCAAAGAAGAGCUCCAGCCAAGUCGCCAGCCGCUCCUGCUUCCAAACCCUUAUCAUUCGCAUUAUCAAUGCCUCGCUCGUUAUGGUCCAUUGAUGAAGGCGAUGAUCUGACAGUUUCUUCAUACAAGUCGUCGGCAAAAGAAACAACCAAAGUGGAUGACAUGCCAGCUGCCGUUGGCCUGUCGGACAAGAAGGCUGAACAGGUCGAUAGUUCAACUCCGGCAGACGCACCUCUACCGUCCACCAUCGACACCACUGACCAAGUAGAAGAAGCCCCCAAGGAACCUAUCACCAAGGAUGAGCCAGCGCCGCAGGCUACCGCGUUGGCCGUCAACACCGCAGGUGAACUUGCAGAGCCUGCCCUUGAGUCGGCUGCAGACGAAAAAUUGGCUCCUUCGGAUCAUCAACUUUUGGCCGAGAAUGAUCAUCUUUCCAAGCAGACAAGCGCCAGCAGUGGACAGGCAGAGCCUAACACGGAUGAGAUCUCCGUAAGUAGGCAGACCACUGUAAGCGCAAAGGACGAGGGUUUGCCACUGGAAAAGGUACCGUCCAAUGAGCCGGAGGAUCCCCGUGCCAAUCAACUGGCCGAGGGUGAGCCAGGCCAGGCCAGCGCACAGGAAGUCUAAACCGUAGAGUCGGAGGAUAGAGCGACCGACGUGUAGGUAUAGAAGUACAGAAAGCUAUAAAUUUCUUUCUGGAUAUACGGGAUUAUGACCUAUCAGAUAGGAGGAGACCAAAAUUCGGGUUUAUGGGGAAAUACGGGGUAGUACUAAAUCUACGCAGUCGGACUCAACAAGUUUACAAGUCAUGCAUGAAGUUCGUGAACGCCUUUUGGAUUUCAUGUCGCUCCAUGUAUAGUAAUGUACCUUGGGUAGGUGAUCCACGAGGCUGGCAUGUGUCUCGUCUCACUCAAACAUGUCGUCGAAAUCCGCCGCCCUAGGGCGCACACGACGACCCUGAGAGAGUUGCGGGACGUGGGGCACAUCCUGUCUGGAGCCCUGUCGCUGUCGUCCUUGUCCUGUCUGGGCCGAGGGUGCCGCCGUCGAGGCCUCGGCGGAAGUAUCGGCGGUACCGGCUUGACCUUGUCCUUGCAUCACGAUGUCCUCGGAUUGUGGUUGAUCGACAUUGUCUUCUUCAUCACUGCUGUCCACCAUGGGGACACCGUCGAGGUCUUCAUCGGGUAGGACGGCAUGAUCCAUGACGGUGUCGUUGUCCUCGCCGUCGUCGGUAUCCUCCAUGGGUCUCCCGUCCAUGUCGACGUCACCGUCCCUGUCUCUGUCGACACCGCCACCACCACCACGCGGCGGUAAAUCACCAGAAGAGGAGGCGGGAUCACGGUCACCGACACUCACACUCUUCCACUUGCUGACCUUGUCCUUGUCGUUGGCCUUGCUUUCCGACGCGACCUUUUCGGUCUCUUGUUGUUUGAGUAGUGCUUGCUCCUCCUUGGCCGUGAGGGGUGGGUUCAGGAACUCCUGGACAAAGUCCUCGUGGGCGGCCGAGGGGAACACGCACCACCCUUCCCACAGCGAAAAGACGCUCUGUACGCUGCGUCGCCAUUUGUCGGCCUUUAGUUUUCCCCAGUUCAGUUCGCGCGCGGAGCGGCCGAGGGUGGGAAAGACACCCUGGAGACGCAGUUGGGUCUCGAAGAGUGAGCGGUAGCGCCAGGCGUGGCGGACGCCGGCGGACGCAGAGGACGAGAGGAUGUCGGAGAUGACGUACAGUCCGACAAGGGACGAGGGAGUCGUGUCUUGGACGUUGGAUUUGGAUGUGGGUAUCGGGACGCCUGUUAGAUCCUCUCCGUCCUUGGUGGGGUCAGUGUCGCCAGAUGCUGUAGUAGUAGGAGGAGGAGGAGGAGGAGCAGCACCAUCGGUCGCAGGGGUGCCAGCAGCAGGAGUGUGAUUAAAGGAUGGCAUCAUAUUAUCAUCAGAGUGAUCAUCGUGGCCGUCGUCAGAAGCACCGGAUGACGUGUCUGGUCUUUUGAUGUUGUGGCAGAAUGGUUUAACCACAUUGCGCGUAAUGAGAGUGGCGACUUCGUCUGCACCGGCGCCGGCGUGUUCAAUGGCGAAGCCCGUGAUACGCGCGACAUCACCUCUGCGCAGCUUUGCAUUGGACUCGGGAAGUCGAGAGAGAAGGUGGACAAGUUUCGUUUUGGCGAGUGGGUUGAGAUAUCCUGUCCCGUCCGUAUCCACAGAAAUCUCGGAUGCAUUGCCUCCAAUCUUCUGAUGGUCGUGGUACCGUCGAGCGAGACUACUCUCUUCAGCCUCUUCUUCAUCCGAUGAGUUGUAGUCUUCGUCGCUGACGAAUUCUUCAACUUUGGUGGUGUAUUCGAACUUGAGAGUUUCUUCGGGCGGAAUCCAGACGCUUUGACCUUCGAAGAUGGUGUCGCCAUCGGGGCGCGUUACGAAGCCUGGUCGUUGACGACGUUUGCGAAACUUGGCAUUGGUGAGAAUCUCCCAGAGCCGCCAGCGGUAGUACACUCCUCCUGUUGACCUGGAGUUCCAUAGCCACGACCAUUGUUCGUCACGCUGGAUUUCGGGCCGGGACAUGAGUAGAGCCUCGAACUCAGGACCAUAUGUCAGGAGAGCUUCGAUAGUUUUGUUGAUCAGGCGGAUUUGCUUGAGGUCAUUCGGGAUCUGCACUGUCACUUGGGUUGUCGGAAGAUUUGUUCUGGAUCCGAAUGGAGUCGAGAGCGUAUAUGAUGCUGGGGGGGCGAAGCGGCCUGGCCCUUGACUUGGUGGGGGAGCUCGAGAGAGGGAGCCGUGUUGAGGUAUCGGUUUUGCUCCAAAUGGAAGAUUGUUGAUGUUCGUUGAUGGCGCAUUUAAAGAGGUCGAGCCUGACAGCGCGGCGGAUGAGAGGUGUCGUGAAAUAGAUAGGUUGAAGCCGAACCCAAGAUAUUGGUUCCGCAGAUGCGAGACCACAGUGUCAAUGUCAGUCGCUGGAGUCUCGGCAGCGAGCGUUACGAUUGCCGAAAGAGAGUUCCUCUCAUUAAGUGACCCUGGUUGUUUUGGCAGAAGGCGCACGCUGUCCACGUUCAGCGGAGAUGCAGCGAACAAGCCCUUAAUGACUGCCAUAGACGUUCCCGGAGGGAGCGAAGACAGGUGUAGUGUCGGUUUCGCUGCAGCCUUCAUCUCCUCUGUAUCUUUAGACUCUUCCUCUUCACCAGCGAACGCAGAUUCUCUUCUGUUGUCUCCACCACGAUCACCGUACGAGUACAUCCUGUCUCUUCGAUCUCUGUCUCGACCCGGGUCCUGAUCGCGGUCUCGUCCUCCCGAGUAGUCAUCGUAAUGUCUUUUUUUGCCGUAGCUUGGGGAUGGUCCUAAGCUUCCAGGGCCGCUCUUUGGCAAAGUCGGUGCUGGUCCCAAACUGCCAGGUCCACUCUUCAAUCCUGAGCUUGUAAAAUGUCGCUUCCCAGGGGCAGGGCCAGGCCCGAAGGUGGUGCUGGGAACUCCACCGCCUCCUCCGAAGCCACCUCGUUUCGUCGGGAGCGUAUUAGGAUUCCCAUCAUCUCCGAAGCUUUUGACAAAGUCCUCGAGAACGGCUGCAGUCUCUGCCUUUUCUCGAGCCUUUUUAGCCUCAGCUUCCGCCUUUUGUCGUUCGAAAAUGGACUUCUUGGUAGGUGCGACAAGUUUAAAGGAGCUAUCUGAAUUUCCGGAAGUCAUGUCGGCAGGACAGAACCGAUAAUAACGUGAGAGGACUGGCGCAUUGUCUGCAUGAGAGCGUGGUGCGUGGUUGAGUGAGUUGAUCCUCAAUCUGAUGUCGCGAAAUACAGAUAAUCUCCAAAGAUGCAGCGGCGAUGAGCCCGAGGAUGAACCGGUGCAAGUGACGAGGCUGCGCAAGGCUACGCAAGGCUGAGCCACGCUUCCUCAGGUUCGAUAUCGAUCUAACGUAGUUCACCAUUCAACGACCUUUCUCUUUCAAUGACUGGCCCUUCUCAACGACUCAAGGCGCAGAGAUUCUACAAAAAAGAAGACAUCGUGGCCACAGUAUAGCAAUCCCCAUCUCUGUGAAAUGGUCUCCAUCACUGAACAGAGUUUCUUAGUCUGGAUCAAUCAUUCCAACAGACUCACCAUCCUCCUAGACAAGUCUUCAGGCGAGUGUCCGUCAGCCAAUAAUGCCCAAGGCCAUCCAUCGAUACUUCAGAAGCGAACUAGAAGCUCUCUGGGGCGAUGAAUCGAUGAUGGGUCAUGAAGUUUCUCCGCAGUCUCGCGACAAAAGAGCCUAAAUUCGAGAAAACUAAGCGGGCAUCUAGUUAUGAUCGACGGCUCUUGACGACGAUUCUCAGGUAUGUCAGAGGCUACCUUUCAUCGAUACAAGGGGUAGUAUCUCAUGACGCCGUAAAAAUUCAGCCAGUCAAAGUCCUGAGCUCUCAUCUUUCGUAGUUCACAACUACGGACUAACAAGGCAACAUUGCAAUUGAGACAAAUAAAUCUCGAAUCUCAGACGAACACAGGACAGCUCACGAUGCUUCUUGGACAGGCCAUUUUCGCCAUCAUUGGAAUAGUCACAGCAGAAUCAUCGCCGAGAUGCACGCCUACGACUACUGACCUCUCAUUCGCUAACCAGUAGCCACUCCCUCCAAAUCCAUUCGAAUUCUUGUCUGGAUCCUUCGUUGUCGAUAAGGCGGACUGGUCGUGCCGCCGUAUUGAGAUUGCGACUCUGUUCCAACACUAUGAGCUUGGCAUAAGCCUGGACGGCCACAGAACCUACAGUCAACUUUCACCAAGUAUGAGAAUGGCACUGGGGCAAACCUUACCUUAACAGCAUCCAACGGUGAGAAUGCGAUAGAGUGGACAGCGACAAUUUUAUACCCGAACGUGACAAAGAGGAGGGGCUAUAUCCUGCACUCAUCGCACUGGACCUCCU